AUGAAAAGCAUGUAUCACGACGAUGUUCAUCCCACGACUUCAGGGAAGAAGAUGUGGUCGAAUUUUUGUACGCUGGUGGAUGCGGCUGUUAUGUUAUCUGAAGAAGAAAGCCUUCAGACAAUCUUUUGUCUCUUUCCGAGAAAAACAAGAUCGUCUGUGAUGAAGAGAAGAUACCCACAACAAAUUCUAAAUAGAGCUUCUACGUCUUCAACGCUCAUCGAUCUUAACGAGUUCCCUAUUGAAUAUGAGACAGAAGACCCACAAAACCAACUCCCAUGGCUGUCUUCUUCGUGUGUCACCGCCGCUGAUUCCGAGACGAAAACCCUACGAAACCCUAGUUCUGAACUCUUACUCUUGGAUUACAAAACGGCUGAGUCCGAGAAGACGGAGAUGAUCAAAGACUCACUAAACCCUAAUUCCCCAUGUUCUGAUGAUCUGUCUUUGUGCUUAGUACCGGGGAGCACAAGCCGCAAGAGACGUGCCGUGAAAGAGAGAAAGCGUACUGGUGGAUACAAGAAAGCAAAGGUUGCUCCUUUAUCACCGACGGCGAGAGACAUGCCUGAGUGGCUUGUCAAGGCUAUGAGAGAUAUGAACGGAGCCAGAGACGCUAAACUGAUCUUUGAGAAGACUCUGUUCGUGACUGAUGUAAGCCCAACACAGAACCGUCUCUCAAUGCCUUACAACAACUUACACCGAAACGACUUCUUGACGCCUGUGGAGUCGAGAAUCAUAGACGAAGACAUCAACCACAAUAAGAAGAUUGGAGUGGGAGCGAUUCUCGUGGAUCAGUGGUCUAGAAAGUGGGGUGUGAUGCUGAAGAGAUGGGAGAUGAAGAAAGAUUCAGGUAAAGGAAGCUGGAAUUACAAUUUGAUUUGUGGGUGGAACGACAUCAUUGAGGCUAACGGAUUGAAAGAGGGCGACAACAUCAGUCUUUGGUCGUUCAGGUGCUGUGGAAUCCUCUGUUUUGCCAUGGAACAGAGUAGCUCUUCCCUUGCUCUCUGUCUCUGCUAAGUGUCUUGUGUCUGUUGAGGUUUUGUAAUUUCUUAGAACUAGGGUGUUACUAGGGUUGUGAUCUUAUUAGUAGCUUGUUCCUUCUAUUGUAUCAGAUUAUGAACUUUGAAAUUUUGACAUGAAUCUGGUUAUUUGUUUGGUCUUACUUUAGUUACUGCGCUA